CAGAGAGAGGACCAAGAAGUGAAGCUGAAGACUUGCAGUCUAGCACUGCUUCUUUUUCUGCACAGAAAGCGAAGCUUCUCUUUUCUAUCAUUAUUACUCCCUCGAAACUCUUGCCUCAAUGUUUCCAGCAUUCUCUUCUUAACCCCCUUUUUCAGUCAAAGAACACAAAAAACAUACAAACAUAAAUAAUACUGCUAGAACCCAACAAAAAAAGAAGAAAAAGAAUGAGUCCUAGAGAGAUGGAGUUUGAGCUUGAAGACCCAUUAACAAGCUUCCAAGACCACCAAUCUGAUACUGUCCCAAUUCUCUUCACCUCUGAAUCUGAUCACAUGCCCUCACAAAACUUCUUAAUCAGCUUAAAAACCAGUGAUUCCCUGGCUUCUUUUCGUCGUGAAUUUAUUUCUUAUAUGUCACAGUUUGCCAGAAAUUUGGACCCGUUCGUACCCUACCUUGCUGUCAAUUAUAUGGACAGGUUUAUUUCAAAGCAAGAAAUCCCGCAAGGAAAGCCAUGGGUGCUUAGACUCCUUGUAGUGUCUUGCCUCUCUCUCGCUGCAAAGAUGAAGAACACACCCCUCUCACUCUCUGAUUUCAUGAGAGAGGAAGAUUGCAUCUUUGAAGCGCAGGCAAUAAAUAAAAUGGAGCUUCUCAUUCUUGAUGCUCUAGAAUGGCGAAUGAGGUCAAUUACACCUUUCCCAUUUUUGCAAUUCUUUCUAUCUUUAUCAAAAUUCCAAGAUCCAACAUUUAUCCAAGCUCUCAAACGUCGAGCUUCAGAGCUCAUCAUCCAUGCUCUUAAUGAAAUUAAGCUUUUAGAGUAUAAACCAUCCAUCAUUGCAGCUUCAGCGCUUCUCUCUGCCUCUCAUGAGCUAUUCACAUUACAAUUUACUUCUUUCAAAGCUUCGAUUUUAUCUAGUGAAUAUGUAAAUAAAGAGAACUUGAUGAAUUGCUUCAACAUGUUACAAGGAAUGGUGGCAAUGGAGGGCUAUGAUUCAUCAUUGGAUUAUACGGUAUCAAGCACAAGCGGUCCAUUGAGCUUGCUGGAUUGCCAUUGCACCAAAUGGGAAUGCAACAAUUCCACUGUGGGGCCAGAGAAGACAGACAUCAAGCGGCGUAAAUUGAAUGGUGUGUGCUAUCAGAUUUCGCAGAUUCAGCACAGCCGAUGGGAGUGAGUGAGAGUGAGGCAAAUUAUUGUUAACUCCACAAAGUGUUACAUUUCUCUGUACCAGUUUCAUCAACAAAACAGAACAAGAAAAGAAGAUAAUUGAUGGCUCUGAUACAAGACACAAAGACAAUAAACGGCUCACGAUGAGGCUCAAAAUUAUCACCAAUUCCAAAAAAUUGAAAAACAUUGUCAUUUGGUUCAUGGGGUUUAGGGUAUUUGACUAUGGGACCUAGAAAGGACAGAAAGCUUUAUCUACUUCUUUGUCCUCUUGAAAUGGGUGUGUUUCACUUUGGCUAUGUCUCUUGCUUGGUGGCAGAAAGGAAUAACAAACAUUACUAUUA